AUGUCCAUUCAGGACUUUCAAGCCGAUGAUCUAGAUCAGUACUGCUCUUAUGACGGUGCCAGCGCUGAGAGUUCCAUAAAUGGACGACCGCCAUUUACUGCACAGCUUGUAACUCUGAGGCAAACGUGUGAAGUGUUUAUCGUCUUCCGAUUCGCCCAUGCUGUUUUUGAUGGCCUCUCUGCAGCCAUUCUCAUUGAUGACUUCGCCGCUCUCUACAACGGCCGGUCCCUGCCUUCCACCAGCCCAUUCUCUGCUCACCUGCAGGCUGUGAUGACCUUGCAAAACGAGGCUGCUUAUGACUGCAUAUCUCAGAAAAGUGAGGGCGCUGCGGGACCGCCGCACAUUGUCAAAGUUGCGAAGACGAUCUCUGCUAUCUCGCUUCCACCUAACAUAACUUUGUCCACUGUACUCAAAACAGCGUGGGCUGCUACGCUUCACAGGUACUUCGCUCCGAAGAGCGGGUGGUCAUCUGCCACCGACGUAUUUGGACAAGUCGCCCACGGACCGAACUUAAGUGUGGCUCAUGCGGACCGUAUCCUCGGGCCCUGCAUCAACAUUGUCCCCCAACAGCUCCUCGAGACUAAGCCAUAUGCUGCGCUGGGCUAUCAAGACAUUGUGCAGAAUUGCACGCCCUGGUCAGCGACAACUCCACUAGCGAGCUUCGUGCGGUGCCAGGCCAGCUACUAUCCCCUGCCCAAUAACCCGUCGCACUCUUCGAAUGUGCAUAUCUAUCCAGAGGGCGACCAACUCUACAUGGAUAUCGCGGUAUCGAGCCAAGUUCUUGAUCGACAGCAGGUAGAGUUUCUUCUCGAGCAGUAUUGCCGGAUAAUCAGUGAAUUCGGAAGCGAUGGAAUCGAGGAGGCGCCAGAGCUCCACGGAUUGAAAUUACAGUCAGCAUAA